AUGGAGAAAUCAUGCAGUCUAGUAGUGCAUUUCGACAAAAGCACACCGGCACUAGCCACCGAGAUCAAAGAAGAUCUUGAAGGAAACGACGUCGCAUCAAAGAUCAAAGCACUCAAGAAAGCAAUCAUGCUUCUCCUCAACGGCGAAACCAUUCCUCAGCUCUUCAUCACCGUCAUUCGUCACGUUCUCACUUGCGACGAUCACACCGUUCAGAAACUUCUCCUUCUGUAUCUCGAAAUCACCGACAAAACCGAUUCGCGCGGUAAGGUUCUCCCCGAGAUGAUCCUUAUCUGUCAUAAUCUCCGUAACAAUCUUCAAUCGCCUAAUGAAUUCAUUCACGGUGUUACUCUUCGGUUUCUUUGCCGGAUUAAUGAAUCCGAGAUCGUUGAACCGUUGAUCCCUUCGAUUUUGUCGAAUCUCGAGCAUCGGCAUCCUUUUGUUAGGAGGAAUGUUGUUCUUGCUGUUAUGUCUGUUUAUAAGCUUCCUCAGGGGGAGCAGUUGCUUGACAGUGCGCCGGAGAUCGUUGAGAAGUUUCUCGCAUCUGAACAGGAUCCGCCGAAUAGGAUUAUUGAUUGGGGUGAACAACUUCAGAUGAUUGUUUUGGAAUUGAUUAAGAAAGUUUGUAGGAAUAAUAAGGGUGAGAAGGAGCUACCGCGCCGUUUGAAAGAAGAAAAGAAGGAGAAACUUCUGUUUCUCGGAGGGAGUCGAAGGGUCACCCCUAACCCUAGUCCACACCAAAAGGAAACCGUUUAA